UACGUAAAUCUCACUGAUAGCUGAGCUAGGCAAGGUCACUGGGCCGAUGACCACCAGUGAUUGUAUGCUCUCUCAUUGGUUGUAUCUGUCAGUGCACAAACCAUCGGCGCUGUUGUCUUGUUGGCUCAUUCUGGUUUGUACACGAACCAUCGGUACCGAUGGUUCGUGUACAUUCAAUUAAAUGUCACUUCUAUCGAGAGUGUCCGAGUAAUGUGUAUCAUAGGCGUGAAUUAUAAGCGGUGUCUCACUCUGCAACUGCAAUUUGGCUUCAAGUUGUGACAUUCAGUCCAGCGUGUAGGGAAACGACUUGUAAACAUCAUGGCUUUCAUGCGAGUCGUGUGCUUCGUCCUGUUGGUGGGUUUGGCUGCUGCAGCAUGUCAACCUGACUGCGCCAAGUGUCCACCGAUGUGGACUUUCUACAAUGACAACUGCUACCGCUACUUCGGCACUGGCAAACCCUUCGCUGAAGCUGAGAGGCACUGCCAGCAGUUCACUCAAGUCGGUCAGGCUCACCUGGCGUCCAUAGCCAGCAGAGAUGAGAAUAAUCUGCUCUUCACGAUGUGGGAGUCGGUCCGUGGAACGACAGAAGGCGGCCUGUGGAUCGGCUAUAAUGACUUGGUAAAUGAAGGGUACUUCUCCUGGACGGAUUUGACAGAGAUCACCUACACCGGAUGGAGCGAUAACGAACCCGGCGGCUACGGUAGUAAUAGGGACUGUGUUGAGAUGAUGCGGGAUAACGGUGGCCAAUGGGAAGACAAAGCGUGUGGAGGCGAGAAGUCCUUCUUCUGUAAGCUGGCAGUUACAAAGUAAAUCGACAGUCGACACCACAAUGGGCGACCACGGCGAUGCGUGAGAACAUCACACCUGAAGUCUUCAGUCACAAUCUA